AUGGUAACUUAUUCUUCGGCAACUCUUGUCGAUGGAAUUGUCACAAUUUCUUGGGAUCAAAAUGAACAAGUUCCAAUAAUUGAUCGUUUUUUAACAAGUGAUACACAAAUUCAAUUAAAAAUUCUUUGUCGUGAAUCAUCAUUAAAUACAAGUGUAACAAGAGAACUAAUUAAAAAAAAAUUAUAUAAAUUAAAUGAAAAAGUUACAGACACAAAUAUUAUAAUUCGUGGUCGAAUUGGUCGUGUUGUUGGAUGUUUACCAAUGCAAUCAGAUCCAUUUAUAUCUACAACACAAGAAGAUAAAAAUACAGAAAAAAAACUUUUACAAAUCUAUUAUGAUCUUAUGUGGAAAGAAAUGGAACAAAUGACAUUUACAGCAAAACAGUCAGAUUGUGAUUAUUCUGGAACACAUUUAGUUAUUGAACAAUAUUCAGAUAUUAAAAAACCAGAAAUAUCACCUCAACAAGCUAUUAAAUUACGAUCACAACAAGUUAAUAUUAAUAAAAAUAAAAGAAAUCGUCGUGCUACUAAUGAUAUAUCAUCACCUUUAGCUAAUAGUGUCCGUUUAAGUACAGGAACAUUAUUAACAUGGGCUGAUGGAUUUUAUCUUAUUGAAAUUUAUAGACCAGAAAUAACAGGUUCAUAUUCUUCUGAACUUGAUAUUGAUGUUAUUGUAUCAAUGAAAAAUCGUCAUAAUGGUUAUAUAACAGCUGAUGAAUAUCCGGCUUUAGUUUUUUAUGGUGUUAUGUGUGCUAUUUAUGCAUUAUUUGCUAUAUUAUGGUUUGUUUGGUGUGCUUUCUUUUGGAAAGAAUUACUUAAAAUACAAUUUUGCAUUGGAGGAGUUAUUCUUAUCGGUAUGAUUGAAAAAUCAGCAUUUCUAGUUGAAUAUGAUACAUUAAACAGAAAUGGAUAUAAAGUUCAUUAUGCAAUAGUUACAGCAGAAAUUUUUUCAUGUUUAAAACGUACACUAUCACGUAUGCUUGUUAUUAUUGUUGCAGUUGGUUACGGAAUAGUUAAACCACGUUUGGGACCAUUGAAACAAAAAGUUAUUGCUAUAGGAAUAAUUUAUUUUGGAAUAGGAACAACAGAAGCAAUUCUUCGAAUAAAUACAAAACAUGAUGAAACAAAUAAUAAAAUCUUAAUAUCACGUAUACCAUUAGCUGUUAUUGAUGCUCUUAUUUAUUAUUGGAUAUUUACAAGUUUAAUUACAACAACACGAACAUUACGUUUAAGAAAAAAUUUACUUAAAUUAAACGUUUAUCGACAUUUUACAAAUACAGUUUUAUUUGCUAUUAUUGCAAGUAUUUUAUUUAUAAUUUGGUCAUUAAAAUCACAUUUUUUUACAACAUGUAUAACUAAUUGGAGAGAAUUUUGGGUUGAUGAUGCAUUUUGGCAUAUUUUAUUUUCCAUAAUUCUUCUUGUCAUUAUGUUUUUAUUUCGUCCAUCAAAUAAUAAUCAACGUUAUGCUUUUGUUCCAUUACUUGAUCAUUCAGAUAAUGAUGAUAAUGAUGAUAAUGAAUUUGAUGGAGAUGAAGAAAAAGGUGAAUCCACUGUCUUUGAUUCGAUAACAAUGCGUAGAGUAUCAAAUACUGGAAAUGGUGGAUUAUUCAAAACUAAAAAACAACAACAAACAUUUUUAAAUCGUGAAGCAAAUGUAUCUGGUAGUGGAGUUGGUGGUUCAAGUGGUAAUGGUACAGUUGAAGAUGCUUUAUCAUGGGUUGAAGAUAAUAUUCCAACAUCAAUUGCUGAUCAAGCAUUACAAGCAUUAGAUAGUGAAGAUGAAAUUAUCAAUGCAAAAUUAGAACGAUCAAAAAUGCAGUAA